GCCCUGGCCGGAGGUGGCCCUGGCCACCGCUGGCUUUGGCUCUGCAGAUUCUCGUUAAGAUUUUCUAAUGCAUCUCCUACGAUGGCAGUUGACGACAGCAAUUUAUAUUCCAGGACGAAGAACAAGCUACAUGCGGCUCAAAAUGAUUAUAAGUCAUCAAGACGGAGUAGUCUGCCACCUGAACUACUCCUAGGACAUGACACUAGAGGAAGACUUCAAAGAAACAUUAAAAACUUGGAGCCCGUUCACCUAAGGCGCCCGAAAAAGAGACCAUCCAUAUUUCCAGCUUCUCCAGUUGGCAACGGUUAUAUCAAGCCUCCAGUUCCACCCGUGCCGGGCACCCAAAGGGAGAAAGGGCCACCGACCAUGUUACCCAUCAACGUGGACCCAGACAGCAAACCGGGAGAGUAUGUCCUCAAGAGUUUAUUUGUCAACUUCACCACCCAGGCCGAGCGCAAGAUUCGCAUCAUUAUGGCAGAGCCGCUGGAGAAACCAUUGACGAAAUCCCUACAACGUGGAGAAGACCCCCAAUUUGACCAAGUCAUCAGCUCGAUGAGCUCCCUCUCCGAGUACUGCCUGCCUUCCAUUCUGCGCACGUUGUUUGACUGGUAUAAAAGGCAAAAUGGCAUCGAGGACGAAUCACAUGAAUACAGACCGAGAACGAGCAAUAAAUCAAAAAGUGAUGAACAGCAGCGGGAUUAUUUAAUGGAAAGACGGGACCUCGCCAUUGAUUUUAUUUUUUCUUUAGUAUUAAUAGAAGUGUUGAAACAGAUACCACUUCAUCCUGUAAUAGACAGUUUAAUACACGAUGUUAUUAACUUGGCUUUCAAGCACUUUAAAUACAAAGAAGGGUACCUCGGCCCCAACACCGGCCACAUGCACACUGUGGCAGACCUGUAUGCAGAAGUCAUCGGAGUGCUGGCACAAGCCAAAUUCCCUGCUGUGAAGAAGAAAUUUAUGGCAGAGCUCAAAGAAUUACGGCACAAGGAGCAGAGCCCGUAUGUCGUUCAGAGCAUCAUCAGCUUGAUAAUGGGGAUGAAGUUCUUUCGAAUUAAGAUGUACCCGGUGGAGGACUUCGAGGCCUCUCUUCAGUUCAUGCAGGAAUGUGCACACUACUUCCUCGAGGUCAAGGACAAAGACAUCAAGCAUGCUUUGGCCGGGCUUUUCGUUGAAAUUCUUGUCCCAGUAGCUGCCGCGGUGAAAAACGAAGUCAAUGUCCCCUGCCUUAGAAACUUUGUUGAAAGUCUCUAUGACACCACGCUGGAACUCUCUUCUCGGAAGAAGCAUUCCUUGGCCUUGUACCCUCUGGUGACCUGUCUACUCUGUGUCAGUCAGAAGCAGCUGUUUCUAAGCAGGUGGCACAUUUUCCUCAACAACUGCUUAUCCAACCUGAAGAAUAAAGACCCCAAGAUGGCCCGAGUUGCCCUGGAAUCUCUGUACAGGUUACUUUGGGUUUACAUGAUUCGAAUUAAAUGCGAAAGCAACACAGCUACUCAGAGCCGGCUCAUCACCAUCAUCGCCACUCUUUUCCCCAAAGGGUCCCGCGGCGUGGUGCCCCGGGAUAUGCCUCUCAACAUCUUCGUGAAAAUCAUUCAGUUCAUCGCCCAGGAGCGAUUAGAUUUUGCAAUGAAAGAAAUCAUUUUUGAUUUUCUUUGCGUGGGAAAGCCAGCCAAAGCUUUCAGUCUCAACCCAGAGAGGAUGAACAUCGGCUUGCGGGCGUUCUUGGUCAUCGCGGAUAGCUUGCAGCAGAAAGAUGGCGAGCCCCCCAUGCCCGUUACAGGCGCCGUUCUCCCUUCCGGAAACACACUGAGAGUGAAGAAAACAUACUUGAGUAAAACACUCACAGAAGAGGAAGCCAAAAUGAUAGGCAUGUCAUUAUAUUACUCUCAAGUACGAAAAGCUGUGGACAACAUCUUACGGCAUCUUGACAAAGAAGUGGGAAGGUGUAUGAUGCUAACUAACGUCCAGAUGCUGAACAAGGAACCUGAGGACAUGAUCACGGGCGAGAGGAAGCCAAAAAUAGACCUUUUCAGAACGUGCGUUGCUGCCAUCCCUCGACUGCUUCCUGACGGGAUGUCAAAACUCGAACUCAUCGACUUGCUGGCCAGGCUCUCCAUCCACAUGGACGACGAGCUGCGCCACAUCGCACAGAAUUCCCUCCAGGGUCUGCUGGUGGACUUCCCAGACUGGCGGGAAGACGUCCUGUUCGGCUUCACCACCUUCCUGCUCCGCGAGGUCAACGACAUGCACCACGGCCUCCUGGACUCCUCACUGAAGCUGCUGCUGCAGCUGCUCACGCAGUGGAAGCUGGCCACGCAGACGCAAGGGAAAGCCUACGAACAGGCCAGCAAACUCAGGAGCUCCGAGCUAAUCCCAAACGGCUCCAGCCACCGAAUGCAGUCGGAACGAGGGCCCCACUGUGGCGUCCUCCACGCCGUGGAAGGCUUCGCCCUGGUUUUGCUCUGCAGUUUCCAAGUAGCUACUCGCAAGCUGUCCGUUUUAAUACUCAAGGAAAUCCGAGCGCUGUUUCUUGCCCUGGGUCAGCCUGAGGACGACGACAGGCCUGUGAUCGAUGUGAUGGACCAGCUGAGUUCUUCCAUUCUCGACAGUUUCAUCCACGUGGCCGUCUCGGACUCAGCCACCCUACCGCUGACCCACAGCGUGGAUCUGCAGUGGCUGGUAGAGUGGAACGCGGUCCUGGUCAACAGCCAUUACGACGUGAAGAGCCCAUCGCACGUCUGGAUAUUCGCUCAGUCUGUCAAAGACCCCUGGGUCCUCUGCCUGUUCAGCUUCCUGCGGCAGGAGAACCUCCCCAAGCACUGCCCCACGGCCCUCAGCUACGCCUGGCCCUACGCCUUCACACGGCUCCAGUCGGUCAUGCCUCUGGUGGACCCCAAUAGCCCAAUUAAUGCCAAGAAAACCAGCACCGCCAGCAGUGGGGACAACUACGUCACCUUGUGGAGAAACUACCUCAUUCUUUGCUUCGGGGUCGCGAAGCCCAGCAUCAUGAGCCCAGGACACUUAAGAGCUUCCACUCCAGAAAUCAUGGCGACCACGCCCGAUGGCGCAGCCAGCUACGAUAACAAGGCCAUAGGCACCCCGUCGGUGGGAGUUCUCUUAAAGCAGUUGGUGCCUUUGAUGAGACUAGAGGGCAUCGAGAUCACAGAGUCCUUAGUUUUAGGAUUUGGAAGAACGAAUUCUCUCGUUUUCAGAGAAUUGGUAGAAGAACUUCAUCCAUUAAUGAAAGAAGCUCUGGAACGGAGACCAGAGAACAAAAAACGCCGAGAACGACGGGACUUGUUAAGACUGCAGCUACUCCGAAUAUUUGAGCUCCUGGCUGACGCUGGCGUAAUAAGUGACAGCACAAACGGAGCCUUAGAACGGGACACUCUGGCCCUCGGAGCUUUGUUCUUAGAAUAUGUGGACCUGACCCGCAUGCUGCUGGAAGCCGAAAACGAUAAAGAAGUUGAAAUUCUCAAAGAUAUCCGGGCACAUUUUAGCGCCAUGGUCGCCAACUUGAUUCAGUGCGUCCCAGUUCACCACCGGAGAUUUCUCUUCCCCCAGCAAAGCCUGAGGCACCAUCUUUUCAUCUUGUUUAGCCAGUGGGCGGGGCCCUUCAGCGUCAUGUUCACGCCCCUGGACCGGUACAGCGACCGGAAUCACCAGAUCACCAGAUACCAGUACUGCGCCUUGAAGGCGAUGUCAGCGGUGCUGUGCUGUGGCCCCGUGUUCGACAACGUGGGUCUUUCCCCAGAUGGCUACCUAUAUAAGUGGCUUGACAACAUCCUCGCCUGUCAGGAUUUACGCGUUCAUCAGCUGGGCUGCGAGGUUGUCGUCUUGCUGCUGGAACUCAAUCCCGACCAAAUAAACCUUUUCAACUGGGCCAUCGACCGGUGCUACACGGGCUCCUACCAGCUCGCAUCCGGCUGCUUCAAAGCCAUAGCAACGGUGUGCGGAAGCAGGAACUAUCCCUUCGACAUCGUGACACUGCUAAACCUCGUCCUCUUCAAGGCCUCCGACACCAACAGAGAGACCUAUGAACUCUCCAUGCAGCUCAUGCAGAUCCUUGAAGCGAAGCUUUUCGUUUACUCGAAGAAAGUAGCCGAACAAAGGCCUGGCAGCAUCCUCUACGGAACCCACGGCCCGUUGCCACCCCUGUACAGCGUGUCGCUAGCCCUCCUGUCGUGCGACCUGGCCAGGAUGUACCCCGAGCUCACGCUCCCGCUCUUCUCAGAGGUCAGCCAGCGGUUCCCCACGACGCACCCCAGCGGGCGGCAGAUCAUGCUCACCUACCUGCUGCCCUGGCUGCACAACAUCGAGCUGGUGGACAGCCGGCUCCUGCUCCCAGGCUCGAGCCCCAGCAGCCCGGAGGAUGACGGCAAGGACCGGGAAGGGGACGUGACCGCUGCUCGGGGGCUGAGAGGGACCGGCUGGGGCUCCCCGGAAGCCACGGCCCUCGUCCUGAAUAACCUCAUGUACAUGACGGCCAAGUACGGGGACGAGGUUCCUGGGCCGGAAAUGGAAAACGCUUGGAACGCGCUGGCCAACAACGAGAAAUGGAGCAACAACCUGAGGGUCACCUUACAGUUCCUCAUCAGCCUGUGCGGGGUUAGCAGUGACACACUCCUCUUGCCCUACAUCAAGAAGGUGACGAUUUACUUAUGCCGGAACAACACCAUCCAAACCAUGGAGGAGCUGCUUUCGGAGCUGCAGCAGACAGAGCCGGUGAACCCCAUAGUCCAGCACUGCGACAACCCGCCCUUCUACCGCCUGGCGGCCAGCAGCAAGGCCUCGGCCGCAGCCUCCGGAACCACCUCUAGCAGCAACACGGUGGUCGCCGGCCAGGACAGUUUCCCAGACGCCGAGGAGGGCAAGCUCCUGAAAGACUCUGAUGACAGGUUCAGCAAUGUCAUCAGAGCCCACACCCGUCUGGAGUCCAGAUACAGCAAUAGCUCUGGAGGGUCGUACGAUGAGGAUAAAAAUGAUUCGGUCUCUCCCUACGCGGGCUGGCUGUUGACCAUCACGGAGACCAAGCAGCCGCACCCCCUGCCAAUGCCUCCCACGGGGGGGUGCUGGGCCCCCCUGGUUGACUACCUCCCAGAAACCGUCACCCCUCGGGGGCCCCUCCACAGGUGCAACAUCGCCGUGAUCUUUAUGACAGAGAUGGUGGUGGACCACAGCGUGACAGAGGACUGGGCCCUGCACCUGCCGCUCUUGCUGCACGCCGUCUUCUUGGGUUUGGACCAUUACCGGCCCGAAGUCUUUGAACACAGCAAAAAAUUGUUGCUUCACCUGCUGAUCGCGCUGUCCUGCAGCAGCAGCUUCCACGCUGUCGCCUCCGUGCUCCUGCAGACGCAGGGGGCGGGCGAGGCAAAGAUGCUCACGGUCCGGCCGGCCUGCCAACCCGAGUACCUCUACACAGGUGGCUUUGACUUCCUGAGGGAGGACCAGUCAUCACCGGUGCCAGACUCGGGGCUCAGCUCCAGUUCCACCUCCUCCAGCAUCAGUCUGGGGGGCAGCAGCGGGAACCUCCCCCAGGUGACGCAAGACGUAGACGACGUGGAUGCGGCGGCUGAAGCAGAUGAGAAGGCCAACAAGCUCAUCGAGUUUCUGACAACCAGGGCGUUUGGUCCGCUUUGGUGCCACGAGGACAUCACACCCAAAAACCAAAACUCGAAGAGUGCCGAACAGCUCACGAACUUUCUGCGUCACGUUGUGUCCGUCUUUAAAGAUUCUAAGUCAGGCUUCCACCUGGAGCAGCACCUGAGCGAGGCUGCGCUGCAGACGGCACUGGCGAGCUCGUCCAGGCACUACGCCUGCCGGUCCUUCCAGAUAUUCCGGGCGCUCAAGCAGCCUCUGUCAGCGCACGCCUUGUCCGACCUUCUCUCGAGACUGGUGGAGGUGAUCGGAGAACAUGGCGACGAGAUUCAGGGCUACGUCACGGAGGCACUCCUGACCCUGGAAGCCGCUGUGGAUAACCUGUCUGACUGCCUGCGAAACGGGGACCUCCUCACCGCACUGUCCCGCUCUUCAUCACCGGAUUUAAGCUCUAGCACUAAGCUGACAGCGAGCAGAAAAAGCACAGGACAACUAAAUGUGAACCCUGGGACCGCCAGUGGCAACACGGCGACUGCAGAACGGAGCCGGCACCAGAGAAGCUUCUCGGUGCCCAAGAAGUUCGGUGUUGCCGACCGGUCUUCAGACCCGCCUCGGAGCGCCACACUGGAUAGAAUCCAGGCGUGCACCCAGCAGGGCCUGUCCUCAAAAACCAGAAGCUCCUCCUCCUUGAAGGACAGCCUCACCGACCCGUCCCACGUAAACCACCCCACCAACCUGCUGGCUACCAUCUUCUGGGUCACGGUGGCCCUGAUGGAAUCCGAUUUUGAGUUUGAAUACCUGAUGGCCUUGAGGCUCUUGAACAGGCUGCUGGCUCACAUGCCGCUCGAUAAAGCCGAGAACCGAGAAAAACUCGAGAAACUCCAGGCGCAGCUCAAGUGGGCGGACUUCGCGGGGUUACAGCAGCUGCUGUUGAAAGGGUUCACCUCGGUCACCACCACGGACCUCACCCUGCAGCUCUUCAGCGUGCUGACGCCGGUGUCCAAAGUGGCCAUGGUGGACCCCUCCCAAGCCAUCGGCUUUCCUCUGAGCGUCCUGUGUCUCCUGCCCCAGCUGAUUCAGCAUUUCGAAAGCCCCAGUCCGUUCUGUAAGGACGUAGCCGAAAGAAUUGCUCAGGUCUGUCUGGAAGAGAAGAACCCCAAACUUGCCAACCUUGCACACGUCAUGACUCUCUAUAAAACGCACAGCUACACGAGGGACUGUGCCACCUGGGUGAGCGUGGUCUGCCGGUACCUUCAUGAAGCAUACGCUGACAUCACCUUGAACAUGGUCACCUACCUGGCGGAGCUGCUGGAGAAGGGGCUCCCGAGCGUGCAGCAGCCGCUGCUGCAGGUCAUCCACAGCCUGCUCAGCUACGCAGACCUGUCCACCGUCCCCGUGAGGCAGUUCAACAUGGGCGUUCUGAAGACCGUCGAGAAGUAUGUGCAAAGUGUCCACUGGAGAGAAGCUCUGAAUAUCCUGAAGCUGGUGGUCUCUCGCUCGGCCAGCCUCGUCUUGCCUGCGUGCCAGCACGGCGACCUCUCGAAGAUAGAAAUCCGUCGCGUGUGGGCCAGCGCGUCAAAGGAGCUGCCCGGGAAAACCCUGGAGUUUCACUUCGACAUUUCAGAGACGCCCAUCAUCGGGAGGCGCUACGAUGAGCUGCAGAGCUCUUCCGGGCCCGACGGGAAGCCCCGGGCCGUGGCCGUCACCCGGAGCACGUCCUCCACCUCGUCUGGCUCCAACUCCAAUGUCCUCGUCCCCGUGAGCUGGAAGAGGCCCCAGUAUUCCCAGAAGAGGACCAAAGAGAAGUUGGUGCACGUCCUUUCUCUGUGUGGCCAAGAAGUGGGUCUGAGCAAAAAUCCAUCAGUGAUCUUUUCGUCGUGUGGGGACUUGGAUCUGCUCGAGCAUCAGACGAGCCUGGUGUCCUCGGAGGACGGCGCCCGGGAUCAGGACAACAUGGAUGACACCAAUAGCGAGCAGCAGUUCAGGGUCUUCCGGGACUUCGACUUCCUGGACGUGGAGCUGGAGGACGGAGAGGGCGAGAGCGUGGACAACUUCAACUGGGGGGUUCGCCGGCGCUCCCUGGACAGCCUGGACAAGUGCGACGUGCAGCUUCUGGAGGAGCGCCAGCUGUCGGGGGGCGCCCCCAGCCUAGCCGCCCGCAGCCGCGAGGACUCCGACGAGUCAUCGGAGGACGAGGACCUGGCGACCAGCCAGCUGCUGGAGCACACCGACCUCAUCAUGACUCUUUCUCCUGCUGAGGAGGCCAACCCCGUGGACGGCGACAUGCCGCCCGCAGACCCCCGCCCCCUCGGCGCCCGGACAGCCAGCUUCGACUCCUCCCUGGCCGACGUCGCCAACCUCCAGAUCUCCGAGGGCUCCAAGGCUGACGCUGUCCAGGAGGGGGACGUCGUCCGGGAAGAGGACUUCUCCAGUUCCACCAACGAGCUGCCCGCAGCCUUCGAGUGCAGCGACAGCCUCAGCCUGGACAUGACGGAGGCCGAGGGCAAAGGCGGCCGGGGCCUGGAGCAGUUCACGCUGGCAAGCUUCGGGGACGGCGACAGGGGCGUCUCCCCACCGCCCUCGCCCUUCUUCUCGGCCAUCCUGGCCGCGUUCCAGCCCGCAGCCUGCGACGACGCCGAGGAGGCCUGGCACAGCCACGUCACGCAGCUCAUGGGCGACUCGGACGGCUCCUGUGCCGUGUACACCUUCCACGUGUUCUCCUCCUUGUUUAAGAACAUCCAGAAAAGGUUCUGCUUCCUCACUUGCGAUGCGGCCAGUUACCUGGGGGACAACCUCCGGGGCAUCGGGGCCAAGUUCGUCAGCUCCUCGCAGAUGCUCACCUCCUGCUCCGAGUGCCCCACGCUCUUCGUGGAUGCUGAGACCCUCCUUUCCUGCGGACUCCUGGACAAGCUCAAGUUCAGUGUUUUAGAACUGCAGGAAUACUUGGACACCUACAACAACAGAAAAGAGGCCACUCUCGCAUGGCUUGCAAAUUGUAAGGCAACUUUUGCUGGAGGAUCGAGGGAUGGAGUAAUUACCUGUCAGCCGGGGGACUCAGAGGAAAAGCAAUUGGAACUGUGUCAGAGAUUGUAUAAGCUACACUUCCAGCUGCUGCUGCUUUUUCAGUCCUACUGUAAACUCAUCGGACAGGUGCACGAAGUCAGUUCCAUGCCAGAGCUGCUGAACAUGUCCAGGGAGCUGAGUGACUUGAAGAGGAAUCUGAAGGAAGCCACGGCGGCCAUCGCGGCCGACGCCCUGUACGUGGAGGGCGCAUGGCCCGAACCGACCUUCGCGUCCACGGAGGCGGCCAUCCAGUCCAUGCUGGAGUGCCUGAAGAGCAACGAGCUGGGCAGGGCGCUGCGGCAGAUCAGGGAGUGCAGAAGUCUGUGGCCCAAUGACAUCUUUGGAAGCAGUUCUGAUGACGAGGUCCAGACACUACUGAACAUUUAUUUCCGCCACCAGACCCUGGGCCAGACGGGCACUUACGCAUUGGUGGGGUCCAACCAGAGCCUGACCGAAAUCUGCACCAGGCUGAUGGAGCUGAACGUGGAGAUCCGGGACAUGGUCCGCAGGGCGCGGAGCUACCGGGUCCUCACUGCCUUCCUCCCAGACUCCAGCGUGUCAGGCACGAGCCUCUGACAGAAGCUCCCCGUCCCCCGCGGGCCCCGAGCUGGGGGUGCUGCCGCGCUGGGGCCACCUCAUUCAGUGUCUUCUCAGCCUUCGGAAGGCUCAGCCAGACUGUCCUCACUCUUGGUACCUGUUGGACUUUUUCUAAAGAAGAUGACGGCACUUCCAAUGCGUAGCGGUCCUGUCGGAACCAAGGCAGCACAAAGCCUCCCGGGCCGGACGCCACCCGUCACGCUGUGUGACACAAACGUGUUAUCAAUUCACGGAGCAGACGCGACUCACUACUGAAGCAGUGACUUCAUUGCAAACCAAAGCCGACAACAUUGAACAAUACCUUCCUUUCUAGAAACAACUUUCGAUUGGCAAAAGUGCAAUGUUUUCUUUACUAAGAAAAUUUUAUAUUAUAAAACUUGUACAUUCUUUCCCUUUAUUUUCCUUCCCCCCCCCCUUUUUUUUUAAUUUGCUGGGCUGAGGAAGGACAGGCAGAAUGAAGCUGGCCAUUGAAAAAGGAAAGACGGUCAAAAGCUGACAGCCUGUACAUGUGGAAGGGGCUGUAAACAGACGAGUCCACGUACACUGUAAUUUGAACGCAAUCACUGCACCUAAGGGAGAUGCUGUGACGCAUCCGCUUCCCGUUGCUAGGCUACUGUCUCUUAGAGCCCCGGGCCUCUCUGCAGGAGUCUGUGAUCAGGACCUUGGCACCAAACUGGUCCAGAUAGAUCCUUUUUAAAGGAUCUUGGCUGCUUUUUACUAGAAGGUUGCUUUUAUGAGCAUAUUUAUACUACAAAAGGAUGAGUGUUAAUUUUAACCAACUUUGCCAUUUUGUAGAAAAAGAGUUAAAUACACCCAUAUUAUAAAUUCCAAGUCUUUUCACCUGUCACGCAUGCAUAUUUUAAUAUCCAUUUGGACAGCCAGAAGUAGAAUCAUAAAGGUAAAAUAUGAGUUGUCACUUUAAGAAAUGUCAUACUUUCUUUGUAAUAUUUAUGGAAAGGGCCAUUCUUAAGUUUUUCCUUAAACUCAAUGCGGUCAAGUGUUAGCCGUGUGUGCAUGUAAACCUGCUGCACAUCAGAACAUACUCAAAGUUGAUCUACGUAACUUAUUCACUCUGUAAAUACAUUUAAAGUUUUCGUGAUGUAAUCUUGGUUGAUGUCCUGUUCAGAACUUCCUUUAGACUA